GCCGCACAGGUGCCGUGAUCACAAUGGCUGAGCACGUCCUUCCUCAGGCUCUGUAUCUGAGCAACAUGCGGAAAGCUGUGAAGAUAAGAGAGCGGACUCCAGAAGACCUUUUCAAACCUACCAAUGGAAUCAUUCAUCAUUUUAAGUCCAUGCACCGAUACACCCUGGAAAUGUUCAGAACUUGCCAGUUUUGUCCCCAGUUUCGGGAGAUCAUCCACAGAGCUCUCAUCGACAGAAACAUCCAGGCCUCCCUGGAAAGCCAGAAGAAGCUCAACUGGUGUCGAGAAGUCAGGAAGCUUGUGGCACUGAAAACGAACGGUGACGGGAACUGCCUCAUGCACGCCGCCUCCCAGUACAUGUGGGGCAUCCCGGAUACGGACCUGGUGCUGAGGAAGGUGCUGUUCAGCACCCUCAAGGAAACCGACACACGCAACUUCAAAUUCCGCUGGCAGCUGGAGUCCCUGAAGUCUCAGGAGUUCGUGGAAACGGGGCUUUGCUACGAUACCCGGAACUGGACCGAGGAGUGGGACACCCUCGUCCGAAUGGCGUCCGCGGACACCCCGGGGGCCCGAGGUGGCCUGCAGUACAGUUCCCUGGAGGAAAUACACAUAUUUGUCCUUUGCAACAUCCUCAGAAGGCCCAUCAUUGUCAUCUCAGACAAAAUGCUGAGAAGUUUGGACUCGGGCUCCAAUUUCGCUCCCUUGAAAGUGGGCGGGAUUUACUUGCCUCUCCACUGGCCGGCCCAGGAGUGCUGCCGAUACCCCGUCGUCCUUGGCUACGACAGCCACCACUUCGUGCCCCUGGUGACCCUCAAGGACAGCGGGCCAGAAAUCCGAGCCGUUCCCCUUGUUAACAGAGAGCGAGGAAGAUUUGAAGACUUAAAAGUUCACUUCUUGACGGAUCCUGAGAAUGAGAUGAAGGACAAGCUGCUGAAAGAGUAUCUGACAGUGAUGGAGAUCCCGGUGCAGGGCUGGGACCAUGGCACCACCCACCUGAUCAACGCUGCCAAGUUGGAUGAAGCGAACUUGCCUGCAGAAAUCAACCUGGUGGACGACUACUUUGAGCUGGUCCAGCACGAGUACAAGAAGUGGCAGGAGAGCAGCGAGCACGUGCGGAGAGAGGCGCCCGCCCAGAGCGCUCUGCAGCCUUCGCUUCCGCACCUUUCCCUCAUGGACGUCAAGUGCGAGACGCCCAACUGCCCAUUCUUCAUGUCGGUGAACACACAGCCCCUGUGCCACGAGUGCUCAGAGCGGAGGCGCAGGGGCCCGAACAAGCCCCUGAAGCUGGGCUCCCGGCCGGGCCCUGAGGCGCUGCCCGGCGUGGCUCUGGGGGCCUCCCGCGGUGAGGCCUGCGAGCCCCCGGCCUGGAGCCCCGAGGAGCCGGCCGGGGGCCCCCGCUCGGCCCCACCUACGGCCCCCAGCCUGUUCCUGUUCAGCGAGACCACGGCCAUGAAGUGCCGGAGCCCCGGCUGCCCCUUCACGCUGAACGUGCAGCACAACGGCUUCUGUGAGCGCUGCCACAACGCCCGGCAGCUCGGCGCGGGCCCCGCCACCGAGAGCGCCAGGCGCGUGGACCCUGGGCAGUGCCGCGCCUGCCUCCAGGACGUCACCAGGACCUUCAACGGCAUCUGCAGUGCUUGCUUCAAAAGGACUACAGCAGAGCCGCCCUCCGACCUCGCCUCUGGAGCCCCCUCUUCCUGCCAUCAGCGCUCCAAGUCAGACCCCUCGCAGCUUGUCCAGAGUCUCUCCCCACAUUCUUGCCGCAGGCUGGGGAACGAGGCCCCCGCCGGCUGCCUAUCUCAGGCCGCUCGGACCCCUGGAGACAGGACGGCCACAAGCAAGUGCAGAAAAGCUGGCUGCAUGUACUUUGGGACUCCAGAAAACAAGGGCUUUUGCACCCUGUGCUUUAUCGAGUACAGAGAAAACAAACGUUUCGUCGCUGCCUCGGGGAAAGCCGGCCCCACAGCCUCCAGGUUCCAGAAUGCCGUCCCCUGCCUGGGGAGGGAGUGUGGCGCCCUGGGGAGCACCGUGUUUGAAGGAUACUGUCAGAAGUGUUUCAUUGAGGCCCAGAGCCAGAGGUUUCAUGAAGCCAAGAGGACGGAAGAGCAGCUGGUGAGACACUUUGAGAGGUCGAGCCAGCGCAGGGACGUGCCCCGGGCCGCCCAGAGCGCGGCCAGGCCUGAGUGCGCCCGCACCUCCUGCAAGAACAUCCUGGCCUGCCGCAGCGAGGAACUCUGCAUGGAGUGCCAACACCUCAGCCAGCUUGUGCCAGCUGCCCGGCGCGGUGAGCCAGCGCCCGAGGAGCCCCCCAAGCAGCGCUGCCGUGCACCCGCCUGCGACCACUUCGGCAACGCCAAGUGCAGCGGCUACUGCAACGAGUGCUUUCAGUUCAAGCAGAUGUACGGCUGACCGGUGGGCAGGCCGGCCCCAUGGCCGCAGCACAGCACUCCCCGCAGCAGGGCCCCGCGUGUCUCUGAGCGGUGAGGAAAGAUAAGCACUCGGCUGUGACAGGAAUGGUCCCAGGUGGCCUGGGAGCGGCGCCCAUGACUGGCGGCAGAUGGCGUGGGGUCUGCCCCGGGCACCUCCCGCCAGCCAGAAGGCCAGGGACUCGGUGGGCUUCAAAUGCACGCCAGGACUGCCUCGUCGUGGUCUGGUGGGCUGGGAGGCCAGAGCUGUGGCACCUGCCCUCCGUCGGACGUUCUCCGAGCCGUGAGGCUGCAUUCCUGGCCCGCAGCCUCCGAGGGAGCUCAGAAGCUCAGGGAAAAUGGACACGUGCAGAGUGUCAGCAGUUAAUGGCUUUUUCCUCCCUGCCUCGUCCCUGUGCCCCCGACAGACAUGGCCAGAGCAGAACCAUCCGGGGGCUGUGAGUCUGAGGCUGCUGAGACAGAGUUCGUUCACACUGAAAAACGAACCAGCUGCUUUUGACAAAAUGCACCUUUUAGAAGUCAGACUGUUCCAGUGGGGAGCCUGCCACUCGUGGCCGUCGCUGUCUUCUCUUCUGAAGAGGGUGGCUUGGACUGAGGUGUGCACAAAGGUGUGCACAUCCUGGUGUCCCCUUGUGUGGCAGAUGCGGCAGUUUUUCUUAUGAUGGUAAAUGCUGCCCUAGGAGUUGAAACAGGAGAAUGAAUAAUAAUAACGUGUUUUCUGGUUGUUGUGGGGGCACGGCUCAUCAAGUUUUCACGAACUCAGAUGACUGUUUUGUUGUGUGUUUAUAACUCACUUUAUUUAUUUUAUUGCAAAUAUCAAAGUUAUUUAAAUGAAGCUGUUCCUUCUUCCCUGGGGAAGGCUCUCUGGUGUCUUCCGGAGGUAACACCCUCGCCCGGGUCGUGUUCCGACUGCAGCAGGCGUUGGCCCCCUCGAUGCCUUUUGGGGCCUUCCCUGGGGGAGGACGGAUUGUCACCUACACCCAGAAAAUCUCCUGCUUCCUCUGACUGAGGCUUCGGCAGAGCGCUUCCCAGCUGCCCUCUGGGAAAGUGUUCUCACAGAAUGUGGAUGCCUCUGAGUAUCUACCUCCGUAGAGAGAAGACCAGGAAGGAGCAGGUCCCAGGGGCAGACUUGGCCCUCGGUGAGGUCUGGGGUGCUGGGAAGAGACUCCAGUCCAGUGACAUCCCCGCACUGGGACCACAAAACCCCAUCACCACAAGUAAGAGGAGCCCUCUCUGCCCUUGGCCUGCAGAUUGUCAGUGUGCUUUGUGUUCCUGUCGUCCUUGUUCUGGAACAAAAAGGAGGGAAACACAUUGUCCCCAGAGGCGAAGGCCACCCCCAUCGGGUCUGGACAGGGACCUGAAUGUGUGCCAUCUGCCACUCGCAGCCUUCCUGCCUGCCUGACAUGCUUCCUCCUGGAGUCCAUCUCCCUGACAUUCUUUGAAAUUUCUUUUGGAAGAUCCCAAAUAAACUCCAGCAUUUUCUCUAGUUCUUUUAAAUAUGAUAUUUUAAUAUUUUGUGUGUAUUGAUAUUUUCAUUCUUAAUGUGAAAAACUGGAAUUAUUUAUACUUAUUAUAGAAAACAUUUGAAAUUUGCACAUUUAGUUGUCCUUAAUAAACUGCUAUGUACUCUGUUUCUUGGUUUCUCCAAGUUUUCCUAAAUAAGUGUAACUUCUCACAA